AUAAGAGAAGAGAAAAGCACUAAGGGGACCUGUGGGACUGACUCGACCAGCCGUACUAGAGUGUGAGCAGCGCCUCGUCUGACAGAUGCUGGACAGUGAGCGGAGGGAGAGGAACCGACCGUCCUUCCGUCCACUCGAGCUCAGGGGAACACACUUGUAACAGCUUGGCUUCUUCUCGGUCUUUUGGAGAUUUAUUUCAGUUUUUUUCCUCCCCCCUCCGUGUUUUGUAUCACAGAACGGACUCGCUGUGUCUCCUUUUCAGUUAUAACAGGGGCACCCGAUCAAACCCUGAGCCGAGAUGAAGUUCCUCUGAGCGGACUGGAUUAUGCGCAGCCCUCUUUGGAUCUAAAACAGAAAGACGUCUCUUCUGCAAAACUGUUCUACAAAAAAAAAAAAAAAUACAUUUUUUAAUCUUUUUUUUUUUUUUUCAUCCAUUACUUCGUCUAUCAUCGAUCAGUGCAAUUGCUCUGUAGUUAUGUACCGUGGCACUAUGAUGAUAUCCACGCACCGUGGGACCCACUGAUCAGAAUUCUUCACUGUGGAAUAUUGAUGCUGUGCACUUUUUCGCUACCGAUAAAAUUGCAUUUAAUACACGGUCUAUAGCCAUCUGCUCAUGUUUUUGUACCUGUGCGGACUGUGGGUUCAUCCCCGUGAGCAACAAGCGACGCGGAGACUAACGAUGCUCUCUGGAUUCUGCUAAAAAAAACGCUCCAUUCUGCCCCGGUCUAUCUGGAUAUUUCUUCUGCUUAUUUUGGUUGCUAUUCACUUAUUUGUCUCCACUUCUUUAUUUUUGCACAAAAAAAAAAAAAAAAAAUCAGAAAAAGAAAUGGGAUUUAUUUCAAAGACUUGUGACCCCCUUGCUUUGUAAGUACUUUUAAGGGAAGUGCCUUGGGUCUUGUCUUUCUGAUUCGAAGCUCGUGGCUGGAAGUGCGGGAAGAAGAAGCAUGGCCACGCGCGACGUGGACACCCGGUCCAAGUGCUGCCUUGUGUGGAAGGUCUUCUGGCUCAUGGAGGCGCUGGCGGAGUGGGCGCUGGCGCAGGAAAGUUACGCGCCGCACUCGAUCAGGAUCGAGGGGGACUUGACGCUGGGGGGUCUUUUCCCCGUCCACGCACGGGGUUUUCCCGGGACGCCGUGCGGAGAUAUCAAGAAGGAGAACGGCAUCCACAGGCUGGAGGCCAUGCUGUACGCGCUGGACCAGAUCAACAGCGACGAGUACCUGCUGCCCAACAUCACGCUGGGCGCGCGGGUGCUCGACACGUGCUCUCGGGACACGUACGCGCUCGAGCAGUCGCUCACCUUCGUGCAGGCGCUCAUACAGAAGGACACGUCGGACGUGCGCUGCACAAACGGCGAGCCACCCGUGUUCGUGAAGCCAGAGAAAGUGGUGGGGGUCAUAGGAGCGUCGGCCAGCUCCGUGUCCAUAAUGGUGGCAAACAUCCUGCGCCUCUUCCAGAUCCCCCAGAUAAGCUAUGCGUCAACCGCCCCUGAGCUAAGCGAUGACCGCCGGUACGACUUCUUUUCACGUGUGGUUCCACCAGACUCCUUCCAGGCCCAGGCAAUGGUGGACAUUGUGAAGGCUAUGGGUUGGAACUAUGUGUCCACGGUGGCCUCGGAAGGUAGCUAUGGGGAGAAGGGUGUGGAGGCCUUCAUGCAGAUCUCCAGAGAAACAGGUGGGAUCUGCAUUGCUCAGUCACUGAAAAUCCCCCAUGAACACACACAGGCGGACUUCGACAAGAUUAUCAAACACUUGCUCGAUACUCGGCAUGCACGAGCAGUUAUCUUAUUCGCCAGCGAUGAAGACAUUCGGGGAAUCCUUAAUGCCAGCAAAAGAGCCAAUCAAGUUGGACAUUUCUUAUGGAUCGGUUCAGACAGCUGGGGGGCCAAGCACAGCCCCAUUCACCAGCUGGAAGAUGCUGCAGUGGGUGCCAUCACCAUCUUACCAAAAAGAGCCACCAUUGAAGGAUUUGAUGUCUACUUUACCUCACGGACCUUGGAGAACAAUCGGAGGAAUGUUUGGUUUGCAGAAUACUGGGAAGAAAACUUCAACUGUAAGCUCAUGAGCUCCUCCAAGAAGGAGGAUACCAGCCGCAAAUGCACAGGCCAGGAAAGAAUUGGCAUUGACUCCAAGUACGAGCAGGAGGGUAAGGUGCAGUUUGUGAUAGACGCCGUGUAUGCCAUGGCUCAUGCCCUGCACAACAUGCAGAAGGACCUCUGCCCCGAAUAUGCCGGGAUCUGUCCUGAGAUGGACCAGGCGGGUGGCAAGAAGUUGCUCAAGUACAUCCGGAGUGUCAGCUUCAAUGGCAGCGCAGGCACAUCUGUGACUUUCAACAAGAACGGCGAUGCUCCAGGGCGCUAUGACCUGUUCCAGUACCAGGUAAACAACAACAGCUCUCCAGGCUACAAGGUGAUCGGCCAGUGGAUGGAGACACUGCAGCUCAGUAUUGAAGAGAUGCAGUGGCCAAAUGGUGAGCAGGAGAUCCCAAGCUCAGUGUGCAGCCUCCCCUGCAAGACAGGUGAGAGGAAGAAGAUGGUGAAGGGGAUGCCCUGUUGCUGGCACUGCGAGCCGUGCGAUGGCUACCAAUACCAGUAUGAUGAGACUUCCUGCAAGCUGUGUGCCUAUGACAUGCGGCCGAAUGCAAACAGGACUGCCUGCCAGCCUAUUCCAAUCAUCAAACUGGAGUGGCAUUCUCCGUGGGCAGUGAUCCCUGUGUUUCUGGCUAUGUUGGGCAUCACUGCCACCAUCUUUGUCAUGGCCACCUUCAUCCGCUACAAUGACACACCCAUUGUGCGUGCUUCAGGGCGGGAGCUGAGCUACGUGCUGCUGACAGGAAUCUUCCUAUGUUACAUCAUCACCUUCCUCAUGAUUGCCAAGCCUGACAUGGCUGUUUGCUCUUUCCGCCGCAUCUUCCUUGGCCUAGGCAUGUGCAUCAGCUAUGCAGCCCUUCUCACAAAGACCAACCGCAUCUACCGCAUCUUUGAGCAGGGAAAGAAGUCUGUUACAGCCCCUCGGCUUAUUAGUCCCACCUCCCAGCUGGCUAUCACCUCUAGCCUCAUCUCUGUCCAGCUUCUGGGUGUCUUUAUAUGGUUUGGGGUGGACCCUCCCAACACCAUCAUUGAUUAUGAUGAGCAGAAGACCAUCAAUCCUGACCAGGCUCGAGGGGUACUAAAGUGUGACAUCACGGAUCUACAAAUUAUAUGUUCUUUGGGAUACAGUAUUCUCCUUAUGGUUACGUGUACAGUUUAUGCCAUCAAGACCAGAGGUGUUCCAGAGAACUUCAAUGAAGCCAAGCCUAUUGGUUUCACUAUGUACACUACCUGUAUCGUGUGGUUGGCUUUUAUACCAAUAUUUUUUGGAACAGCUCAAUCUGCAGAAAAGCUGUACAUCCAAACAACUACCCUCACCAUCUCAAUGAACCUCAGCGCUUCAGUGGCCCUGGGGUUGCUCUACAUGCCCAAGGUCUACGUCAUCAUCUUCCACCCGGAACUGAACGUAACCAAGCGCAAGCGUAGCUUCAAGGCUGUGGUGACAGCAGCCACCAUGUCCUCACGGCUCUCCCACAAACCCAGCGACCGGCCCAAUGGGGAGGCCAAGACAGAGCUCUGUGAAAAUGUGGAUCCAAAUAGUCCAGCAGCAAAGAAGAAGUAUGUGAGCUACAAUGACCUUGUGAUGUGAAGGGCUCCAUCGGAGGAACAAAGUGAGCAGGGAAAAUGCUUGGCCUCCUGUCAUGGGCAGAAUGAAUUAAAGGCUACUAGAGUCCCCAUACCAUACUGCCUGCUCACUCCAGGACAGGGGUGGGGUCCCCACUUUUUCCUUAAAUCGGAUGGUACUGAGGUGUUUCCACAAAAUCCAAUAAAAUAGAAACAUAACCCAAAAUGUAAAAAUAACACCUGAAAAUGAAAGAAAUCUACUGAAGAAGCCACUUUGAUAACAGUGAAGACAUGUCUGAGUGAGAAUACUGCGAUGGGACCUCCCCCUAAUAGUUUACGAACUUACCCUGGACCUCAGGGACAGCCCCCUUUGGGCCCUGAUCUCCUGGAAACUUGCUGGACAUUCCCUUGGGAUUCCUAAAGGUAUACUGCAGCAGAGGAAAGCCCCAGGGGCUCUUAAUUGUCAUUAUAUGUACUUCCAGACUGCAAGUUUUCCAAACUUCCUGUGAUUUUUUUUUUUUUUCAAUUUUUUGUUUUUGUUUGUUUUUGCAUACCUGUUAGCCUUUGUUUGUGAGUUUUUA